CCUUAGCCUAAGGAUACGAGCUGAAGAAACAAACUCCCCCGCAGGCACAGAAGGAGCCAGAGAAGACAUUUACGUCACAGGCUGGACCCUCACCCCUGCCCCACCCACUUCAUCCAGUGUCUUCAGCUGUUGACCCCUGGGUGCGAGCCUCCUGAGCUGCUGGGCUGCUUGUCUGGUGGAGAGCGAUGAAGAUCCCACUGUGGUGCCUGCUGCUGCUGCUGGCAUGUCUCUUCACUCCUGGACGCUGCGACUGCCAAGGCGAGUGCGUGACCUGCGGUCUGCUCCUGCAGCAGCAGCAGCUACACCAAGCCUUCAACACCAUGGUGUGUCUCCUGGAGUGUGAGGGCCACGUCUCGUCCUCGCUCACGUGGGACAUAUGUGAACGCGUCAUCAAGUUCCCCAAAGGCCUCGCUCUGCUCAAGAGAGAGGGGCAGAAUCUGGAGACGACCUCUCUCCAUCUAAACUCGGAACUGCAGUCGGCGGCCAUAGAGCUGCAGAAGGAUCUGGACGAGCCGGAGCAGCGCAGCAUCCAGUAUGACUCAUCGCUGCUGGAGUCUUCUGAGGAAGGGGAGGGUCUGCCGGGCUCAGAUCUCAGCCUGGAGGUGGGAGUCAGGGAGCCGAGGCAGGAGAGGGAUGCCAUCGAGGAGGAUGAGGGUUCGGAGGCGGUGACCCUAUCGAAACGUUUCGGUGGCUUUCAGAGGGGGCGCCACGGAUACAGGAAGCUGAUGGGCUCCUCCGUCAGACCCCUACAAAAGCGCUACGGCGGCUUCAUCGGCGUCAGGAAGUCAGCCCGCAAGUGGAACAGUCAGAAACGGGUGAACCAGCUGCUGAGGCAGUACCUGGGCAUGAGGAGCAGCCGCAGCGGCAGGUUCAACCCCGUCACCAGAGUCUGGAGGCAAAACCAGCUGUGACCAGUUUGUGGCACCCAAUCCUCACAUACCUCAGCCAAUCAUCAGCAGUCUGGACUGUGACUUCGCCGUCGUCAUCCGCUGCACCUCUUCGUGUCUCUAAGUAACAAGGAAUGUUUUUGACCGUGAUGUCCUCCUUCACACAUAUUACAUUGCCAUUCUGUGAAAUAACGAUAAUAAAAAAAAAAAAAGAUUUAGAGAAGUGCAAUUGAAUAUAUAUUUUUGUGUGUCGACGUAACACGAGGGGCCAAACGCAGUCGGAGGUGGUGGACUGGGGAGGGGUCUGACAUGAAUGCACUUUUAUUGUUCUGUGGAUGGGGGUGAGGUCAUUUGCACUCGGAUUUUUGUUACGAGACUCUUUGUUUUGUUAACUAUAUGGACUGCAUCAGUAAAUAAAGAAAGCUAAUUUGACCCUUUUUGAAUGUGUGAAUUCAUCUGACGCAGCUCUGCAUAUAUGACUGCAGAGGUGAGUCAGAGAGGAUCCGGGGGUGUUGUCCAGGCAUGUUCCAAAAUCUCAUGAGCACCGAGGCCAUUGCUAUUUAUUAUCACGAAUAUAUCAAGCACUAGCAUUGAUAAACAAUCGGUGAAGUCCUCAAGUUAAGUUUUUCUUUUUUUCUUUUUGUCUUUUUUUUUUUGGUUUUCACUUCUUUUGCACAUUAUAUUAAGCUUAACUAAUUCAUUUUUAAUCUCAUAAUAUAUUUACUUCAUUUUUAAAUAUGGACUUCUCCACAUAUAUAGAUUUAAUAAAUAUUAAAUAAUAUUUUUAAUCUCUAAAUAUUACACAAUCAGACUAAUAACACCUCGACUGCACUAAAAAAUAAAAAUAAGCAGCCAAAUUCAGAGCAUGAUAAUUCAGCCCGUCAUAUUGGACUGGCCCAGGUUUCCGCGGCUCCUUGCCGCCUGACUUGUUUUUGGUCAGCGCUCUCCCUUGUAAAUAAGCUUCCUCGGCAGGUUCGCUGAAUUUGCCAAAGCACAACGUGUUACUUAAUGAUUUGAGGAUCCAAUUUUCUGCUUUGUCUGCUCACCUAAUUCAACACAAUGCACAUGUACAAUUGCUUUCCCUGAACUUAAAACCCCCGGAGCACAAUCUCUGCAUUAGCACACGCCUUCCUCCCAACUGCAGCAAUGUGAUAACUGACAGAAAAUGUCUUGGUGCUCGUUACUGUGCCGUAAUUGUGGACAUUAUGUGCAGAUCACUUUGCAAGUGAUGUUCUCUCCAAAAAUUGAGCUGCUAGUCUUGAGGCCUGUUUUCACAGUAGCGCAACACUUCCCUCUAGCGGCAGAAGAGCGUAACUGUCACACUUAGACCUGACCUGGGAUCAGUUUUCAGAGACUAGCGCUAUUGGAUGUUCUUACUCAUUCAUUGGAAAAUUGUAAAUGAAAUGACUUCUCUUAGUUUCAUGCGGACGUGUUUCAUAUUAAACAGAAGACGAAGCGCACUAGGGAAACAAAAAAACAAACAAACAUUUUGAAAUCGUCUCAGUUGGUGGGAACGAUUCGAAUAAUGGAAAAUGCUUAAAUUAUUAACAGUACUUUAGAAAAUAUUCCACCAAACAAUGUACAGAAUAUAUUUGUGUUAAUGUGUCAUGGAAAUAUUUUCAAUAUUGUUAUGAAAAACCGAUCCCAGGUCUGUCAAGCACAAUUGCUACACUCACUAUAUAAAUGGUAUAAAACCAUGUCUAUUACAUGCUGUUGGUCAACUGCUUGGAUUUACCAAAAAAACUGUACAAAGAUGAGCGCAUGUUGAAAAACGUAGCUGGUUUCUGUCACAGCGGUGCGAGAGAUUGUAACAUUUGUGCGAGCCUCGUGCAUGUGCGUGUGAGCUUGUGAUCCUCUCCCCUCCACCGAUAGUCAUGAAAUCUGUGUGAAAACCCAUUUGAACAUUUGUUGUUGGUCUCACCAAAAACCUGUAAAGAGAAUAAAAUAGUUUGCUAUUUCUAUUG